AUGGAACGAUAUUACAAGCGAAAAUCAUCAUUGAUUAGUUCGGACAAUCAUAUUCCAAAUAGUUCACCUUCAAACUUGGAUAGUUCUAAUCCUAUUCCGAAUAGUUCCCCAACUUCUGCUCCAAUUCCAAAUAGUUCUGAUCCAAUUAGGGGUAAUUCCACUCCACAACAAAAUGAGUUAAUAGUUGAUUUGGAUAAUCUUGAGAGAGACCCCGGAAAGAGAAUUCCAAUGAAGGACUAUCCUCCAAAUAUUCGAGAUGAGGUCCGAAGAGCAUAUAUAUUAAUGGAGCCUUUUAGAGCUAAAGAUCAUGAUUUUCCAUUCACUUUGCAUUCGAAUAAGAAGCGACGAUUCGUUGGUAAUUGGUUGAAAGAAUUUCAUUGGUUGGAAUAUAGUAAAUCUAAAGAUGCUGCAUUUUGCUUUUAUUGCUAUCUAUUCAAAGUCAAUUCUGAACAAUCAGGCAGUGACGUCUUUACUGAGGUAGGCUUUCAAAAUUGGAAGCAUGCAAGAGCAUGUUUUGAAAAACAUGUAGGAAUGGUUGGUAGUUUUCACAAUAAAGCUAUUGAAGCUGCUGGUAAUCUAAUGAAUCAAAAGACACAUAUUGAAACAGUUGUGGUCAAACAGUCAGAAGAAGCUCGUAUGGCUUAUCGCACUUGCUUGAAUGCGUCAAUUGAUUGCACUAAGUUUUUGUUACGACAAGGUCUUUCAUUUCGUGGUCAUGAUGAAAGUGACACUUCAAACAACAGAGGUAACUAUUUGGAGCUCUUGCAAUUCCUUGCGGACCAUGAUGAAAAAAUAAAGGACGUUGUGUUAGAUAAAGCUUCAGGAAAUCUCAAGCUAAUAGCUUCUACAAUCCAAAAAGAUCUUGUUCAUUCAUGUUCUAUUGAAACCAUUAAAAGUAUCAUAAGUGAUAUGAAGAAUGCUAGGUUCUUUUCUUUAUUGGUUGAUGAGGCACGUGAUGUUUCUAUAAAGGAGCAAAUGGCUGUGGUUUUGCGUUAUGUCGACAAAAAUAGGAAAGUUAUUGAAAGGUUUGUAGGAGUUCAACAUGUUCCUGACACCACUUCAAACACACUAAAAGAGUCUAUUGAUGCGUUCAUUAAUUUCAAUGAGUUGAGCUUCUCCAAUUUACGAGGGCAAGGUUACGAUGGUGCUAGUACUAUGAAAGGUGAGUUCAAUGGACUCAAGACAAAGAUUUUGAAUGAACAACCUUGUGCAUUCUAUGUUCAUUGUUUUGCUCAUCAACUCCAAUUAGCUCUUGUUGCCGUAGCAAAGGAUAAUGUUGAUGUUAAUACAUUUUUCCUAUUGGCUAAUAAUGUGGUAAAUAAUAUUGGAGCUUCAUGUAAGCGUCGUGAUGCACUUAGAGAGAUGCAACAAAAAGAACUUAUGAAAGCUCUUGAAAAUGAUUCUCUUAUGACGGGACGAGGCUUAAAUCAAGAAACUAGUCUCAAACGUGCCGGAGCUACAAGAUGGAAUUCACAUUAUGGUACUUUGAUUAGUUUGAUUUCUAUGUACUCGUCCGUGGUUAAUGUGCUUGAAAUGAUUGUUGAUGAUAAUACCAAUGAUAGUGUGGCCGAAGCAAAUAGGUUAUUAAGAGACGUACAAUCUUUUGAGUUUGUGUUUCUCCUAUUUUUGAUGAAAUCUAUAUUGGGAAUCACAAAUGAUUUAUCACAAGCAUUACAAAAGAAUGAUCAAGAGAUUGUGAAUGCAAUGGCUUUAGUCAACACAUGUAAAGAACAACUACUCUACAUGAGGAAUGAUGAGGGGUUUGAUCUUUUGGUUGACAAAGUAUCGUCAUUUUGUGUCCAACAUCAUAUUGAGAUUAUUAACAUGGAUGAGGCAUAUGUAGCUCAAGGGAGGUCGCGCCCUUUGGUUUUACCGGUUGCAACUGCUUCAGUGGAGAGAUCAUUUUCUGCCAUGAAUAUCAUUAAGAGUCCACUUCACAACAGAAUGGGGGAUCAAUGGUUAAAUGAUAGCUUAGUUGUUUACAUUGAGAAAGAUGUUUUUUCUUUGAGACUAGGGCCCAAGAUCACAGAGACAGUGAAGGGGAAGCUGAGGCUGGGGGCUAAGAUUGUAAAAACAGGAGGGACGUUAGAGCUGUUUAAGUACACAUUCAACGUUAAUGUAGGAGAGAAGUUGCUCAAGGCAUCCCAGUGA